UUUCUUUUUCCGGUCUGCGUACCAUCCAUCCAAGCAGCUCACAGAUCAACUGCUGGACAAGUUGUCAACUCCUGAGUCUUUCACUCGGAAACCCACUGGCCAGUUCCAUGAGGUCUAUCAUACUUAAGGCCAACCUUAAAAAUAUGUUUGUUUGCAGUUUUCCGACUGUACCUUCAGACUGAAGGGUCGAUCAUCCAGUAAAACAGAAGAAGCUUGUGAGCUUUAUGUGAGAGCAGCAAAUGCAUUUAAAAUGAGUAAAAAGUGGGCAGAGGCAGGCCAGUGUUUUUGUAAGGCAGCUGUAAUACAGAUUAAACUACAAAGCAAACACCAAGCUGCCUCAGAAUAUGUGAAUGCCUCUACCUGUUAUAAAAAAGGAGAUCCUAAUGAGGCUGUGAAUUGUUUACUUAAGGCCAUAGAAAUAUUUACAGAUAUGGGUAGAUUUUCAAUAGCAGCAAAACAUCACAUGUCUGUUGCAGAAAUAUAUGAAACAGAGUUAGUUGAUAUAGAUAAGGCAAUAACAAAUUAUGAACAAGCUGCUGAUUACUUCAAAGGAGAAGAAUCGAACAGCUCAGCAAAUAAAUGUUAUUUGAAAGUUGCACACUUUUCUGCACAGUUAGAAAAUUAUGAGAAGGCCAUCGAGCUGUAUGAACAGAUCGCCAUUUCCUGUAUGGAUAAUCAGUUACUGAAAUACAGUGCUAAGGAUCAUUUCUUUAAAGCUCUGUUAUGUCACUUGUGUGUAGAUCUAUUGAAUGGUCAGCAGGCUGCACAAAAAUAUGUGGAAAUGUUUCCACAGUUUGCAGAUUCUAGAGAAUAUAAACUAGUAAAGAAAUUAAUGGAAGCAGUGGAAGAAGAAAAUGCUGAUGCUUUUACAGAUGCUGUUAAAGAGUAUGAUAGUAUUUCACGACUAGAUCAGUGGACUACAACAAUAUUACUAAGGAUCAAGAAAAAUGUCAGUGAUGAAGACUUGCGUUAAUUUAUAUCAUUACUAAUUUUUCAUUAAUCAUUCAUGCAAUUAUGUUAAUUUUUUUGUGAUAAUGAUGUAUACAUAAAUGUGUGACUAUAUGGAACUUUGUGAUUACAAUGAUAAGUUGUUUAUUACUGGUGUCACAAUGGUCAAAGCAUUCUUUUGAUUUAUAACUUGAUUAAAAAAAAUAUGAAAUGCAUGGAAAAUCUCAAAUUAAGGUAGUAUGGGAGUAUAAACAAUCAAAUGAUAGAAUUUUUUCAUACUUUGCCAAAAUGUAUUAUACUUUGUGAUAUAUUUAAAAUUAUAAUAAAAAUAUAAAAAUUCCAUGUAGAUUCCUUUAUAGAUUGUACAGUUCUUAAUAUGCUAAGUUGGAAAAAAAGAAAUCAAGCAAAAGUAGUCUACCUUUGUAAAAAUAUUAGUAAUUAUUUUAAGAUAGAAUCAGUUAAAUUGAUCAUUUAAAAAAUUCUUAUUAGUAGUUGCACUCCUGCAUUCAUAUUACCUGACUUUAUUGAAUUGUGUUCUGCUAUUUUACAUACAAGAUGGCAGAAAACUCCCAUACAACCUUAUAUAGACAGACAUGCACUGUUUUUGUAAAAGUAUAUUCCCCCUUCAUGUUAAGAAUGACAGGCUUUUGAUAUGUUCUGAUAAAGAUUAUAUAUUCAAAUUAUUUCUUCAGUUUCAUAUGUACAUUUAAAUUUUUAUACGACCGCAAAAAAUUUUUGUGGUCGUAUAUUGGUAUCACGUCGUCGUCGUCCGAAGACAUUUGGUUUCCGGACAAUAACUUUAGUAUUAGUAAAUAGAAAUCUAUGAAAUUUAAACACAAGGUUUAUAACCACAAAAGGAAGGUUGGGAUUGAUUUAAUGGGUUAUGGUCCUAACAGUUUAGGAAUUAGGGGCCAAAAAAUGGGCCCAAAUAAGCAUUUUUCUAGUUUUCAGACAAUAACUUGUGGAACGGUUUAUGGAUCUCUCGGAAAUUGUACAACAAUUUUUCCAUACCACAAAGGGAUGGUUAGGAUUGGCUUUGGGGGGUAAUGGCUCAAACCGUUUAGGAAUUAGUGGAAAAAACAAGGGUUUCCUUGUUAAUGGACAAUCACUUUUAAGUACAAUGUUAAAUUUAGAUUACCUCCCUUACACAGCUUUAAAACUAUGUAUAAAGAAAUAUUUUUUUUUUGGGGGGGGGGGGGGCAAUUUGCAACAGCAUAGUGUAUUGCAGAAAAGCAAAAAAUGGAAUAUAAAUUCAAAUCAUAUAACCAAUUCUAAGUUCUUUGACUACAGUUUUUCUGUGUCAGAAACCUAUUAUGUGUCGAACAUAUAGUUUCAAUCCAAAUUCAGACCUGUAUCAAGCACGAAUGUUGUGUCCAUUUUUGCCCCAACUGUUCAGGGUUGGACCUCAGCGGUCGUAUCCAGCUGCGCUCGGCGAAGCAAUUUAUUGAGUAAUGUAUAUACAACUGAAAAUGUAUGGUGUUUUUUUUUCAGGAAAAAUCCUUCCAAUUAA